AUGGGCAAUGCAGUGCAGUAUGGUAGAGUUUUGAAGCUUGCAAGGGAACUUGCUGGACUUCCAGUAAUUUCAUAUUAUUUGAAGCUUUAUGCUGCGGAGAUAAUACUAGAUGAGAAGGAAAGAGAUGAGGAAGCUACGCAAACUGUUGUAUCUAUCUUAGAUGAAGUGGAAGAGUUCAGAAACAGUGCAGAUGAUGAAGGUACGAAGUUAUUGCUUCAUGAUAAGGAAAAGGCCUUAGCAUUUGCGAUGAAUCUUGCGAUGUCUAUAUACAAUGGGAUAUUAGUUCAAAUACAAAACCAACAGGUUGACAGCGAGAUCCGGAAGGGAUUAUGGUGUUGUAUUGAUUUGUUUCAGUGUUGUAAACAUUUGUGGGGGGAUUCAAUGGAUGAGGUAGUGCGAAAGCAAUGUGACAAGAGGAUAAAAUAUGCUAAAUACUAUUUAAUGAAGUUGAAGAAAGGUGAGUUGGGAUCAUCACCAGAGGUCUUGCCUGAGGGUAUGCAAGAGUCUUCGCCAAGUGUACCUCUUGAAGAUAUGCCGGACCCUUCUGGAUUUCCUUUGGUUCCUGGAGAAAUUAAGGAUCGUUAUACUGAGCCUAAGGCUACGACUCCGGAUCUGACAGACGGAAAUCAGCCGGAAGAAGAAGGCGACAUGCCAACCUUUGUUGACGACGAAGAGGAAGCUCCGACGUUCCAGGAGGAGCCCGAGGAGCCCGAAGAGCUUGAACAGCCCGAGGAUCCUGAGGAGACCACUUUCCAGAAGGAGCCAAGUGUACCCCUAGAACCGACACCCGAACCGACUCCUGAACCAUCACCCAAAGUGGCUUCCAAAGCGACUCCCAAAGAGACUCCUGAACCUGCACCGGAACCUACUCCUGAACCCUUGCCUAGAGUAAAGGCUACUCCUCCAGCGCCCUCCAAAAUCUCAACGCUGAAGGAAAUAAUGUCGAGGGAAGAAAUAGUGCACAAGGCGCAGAAAAGCGCGAAGUACGCCAUCAGCGCGUUGAAUUACGAUGACAUAGCAACAGCCAAGAAAGAGCUCAAGGCAGCGCUACAAGCGCUCGAGGAACUCCCGUCCCAAUAA